AUGGCAAGUUGCAAGAAGCAUCCCAAGCACAAACAAUCCCCCGGAGUAUGCUCCAUUUGUUUGAACGAUAAGCUUUCCAAGAUAUCGUCAACAUCAUCUUUGCGAAAAUAUAAUACGCGUUCUUCGUGUUCUUCUUCUUUGUCGUCAAUUUCUUCAAUUUCAUCCGACGCAUCUCCGGUUCCAUAUCAACAUUAUAACGAUGGUCGGUUUUCUUUGGGCGGGAAAAGUGCGGUGAUGCUCAUGAAGAGCACGUCCAUGGCUUUUGAGUUUGAUCAUAGAAAAAGAGAUAUUGGAUCGGAUCAUGGGUUAAUGAAGAAGGACAAGAAGAAAACCGGGUUUUGGUCUAAGUUACUUCGAGCUAGGACUAGUAAGAGUAUCGACCAUGGCUUGGUUCGUUCUAGGACCACGAGAGAAAGAGUAAAUGCGUCGACUAGGGUUCAUUAA